AAAAAAAUUUGCACCAGUAGAUAGAAGAUUUUAUUCAAUUCCAUUACUUCAAGAAAAAAACAAAGUGAAAUUUACAUCAUUUAAAUUAUUGGAUUUUGUUACACAAUUUGAAUUCAUUUUAUUUAAUCCUAAUAAUUUAAAUGAUACAUUAAAUAUUCCUGGAACUGAGACACAAUUAACAAAAUUACUUUCACCAUUUAAAAUUGAUUUUUAUUUUGUAAGAAUUUGUGAUAAAAAGUUAGCAAAAAAAAUUGAUCUUAAGAUUACUGAUGUUCUUAUUAAUUCAACUAAUAUUAGAGGACAUCAAUUUGAUGAAGAUAAAAUUAAAAGAGUAAUGGAAUGGAGUGUUGUGAUUCCAUGUGAAGGAUGUGUUUUUAAAGAUCAUACUGUAAUGAUAUUAUUUAUAAUUGUUAAUUAUAUGAAUUCUUUAUAUCAAUCUCAAUUGAAUAAUAAUGAAAUAAAUGCUGAUGAUAAAAUUUUAUUAGGUGAAAAUUUUGGAGAUUUAAAUUCAAGAUAUCCA